AUGUGAUAUUAGAUGUCAGGGAGGUCUAACACCUGCAGUAUAUGAGACACACCCCACCACCACCUGCUCACACAAACACCUGCUCAGGAACCUCACAGUAGUUAAGAUGCUCUCCCUGUGCUAUGUCUCCGCUGUGAUGGCUAUUUUCCUCCAGCCUGCCCUCUCCAUUACCUACAACUGUUCUGAUCUGUACAAGAGGGUCCCAGACAACAACGACUUGACGGUGGACUGCGGGGCCAGUAUGAUCAACCUGAAGGUGAACCUGUGUACGGCUCAGUGGGCAGGCUUCGACCCCUCCGGUCUGGCUCUGAAUGGAGAGCACAACAAGAGUCAGUGCCAGGGCUUGAUUGACACCAGUGUGGAUCCGCCUGUCAUACGCUACCAGCUGCCUGUCAAUCACAGCCAGGCGAACCCCUGUCGACAGUCACUGCAGAUCUUGGACGAGGCUCCGGAUGCCUCUGGUCCUUUCAUUUUCUCCAGCAUCCAGUCGGUCAUCAUCACAGGUUACCUUAACACCCCCAAGUCCUCUGUGGGGAUCAUCAGUUACGCCACGGACCUCUACUAUCACUUCUCCUGCCGCUACCCGCUGGAGUACCUUCUCAACAACACACAGAUUGUAGCGUCGUCAGUCUCAGUGGCCACCAGUGACAACAAUGGCACGUUCAUCAACACCUUGAGUAUGAGUGUUUUUAACGGCACUGAUUAUGGUUACCCAUUGGUGGUUCCACCGACAGGACUUGAAUUGCGUUCCAAGGUUUAUGUGGAGGUCAAGGCCACCAACCUCACUGGGAAUUUUAAUCUUUUACUUGACCACUGCUUUGCAACCCCAUCAGCGUACAACAUGUCAAACAAUGAGAAGCACGACUUCUUCACAGGAUGCACUGUUGAUUCACGCUCAUCCGUCACACAGAAUGGGAUUUCCAAGAAUUCCCGAUUCUCCUUUGAGGCAUUUCGCUUUGUGACACACAAUAACCUGGAAAAGUCCAGUAUCUUCCUGCACUGCAUCCUUCGACUGUGUGAGCCCAGCAAGUGUCAGAAACUGGUUGAUGCUUGCAAUAGCAGGAGAAAGAGAUCCCUGGAGCCUUUUGGAUCCGAGUCAGCGGAAUCAGCCACCGUUUCUGUGGGACCACUCUAUACUAGCAGAGAUGAGGAAAGACCUGCUGCGUUGGCAUAUAGCAGCGGAGGGGUACAGUCAAGAGGUGACAGGGUUAACAUCACAGGGCUGGUGGUAGGGAUCCUCUUUGGCACUGCAGCCAUAGCCCUGCUUGUCCUUGGCAGCUGGUUUGUCCUCAAGAAGUUCUACUGGGCAGGCGGUCUGUCCCACUCCUUUGACUGAAAGGUGUCUUGGCCAAUGACCAUCUACCAACCAACCUGUCCACCUCCGAGCUGCCCAAUCUGCUUUGCCUAAUAGGGUGUGUUUUAGAUUUCUUGUGAUGUCAUUAAUUUUGUAGCCAAAAACUACUAGAAGACCUUGAGUGUGUCCUAAGAAAACAAGUGGACACUAGUGUCUAAUUCUCCUUUUGUUCAUAGAUAAAGUUAAUCAAUAUCAAUUACCUGUUACGAAGGAAAAUGUGUAAAUGCCUGAACCAUCACAAUACUUCACCUUUUAUACUAAUAUAUAAGAAUUUCUGAAAGUAUGUUAAACGCUUGAGCAAUAGUGUAGUAGAUGAGGCAACAUAAAUACUUCUUUGAAUUUGAAUCAUUAUUCUGGAAUGUGGGAACUGAUAUAUUAACUAUGGCAUUUAUCUGACUAUUAUUAAUAGCAUUGCCUACGACUCCAUAGACAUACGCACGGAGUCUUCCACAAUGCUAUAAUAUAUAUAAUAUAUGAUAUGGAUUUGGGGGAUUUUGUUUUGAUAUAUACUGUACUCAAUACAGUUGACUUGUAACCGAAGUGGGCGGGGUUUCGCAACCCAGUUUUCGUGUCAAUCAUGCUCCAAUUUCAGACCUGCUACUACUGCUCUGUACAUUAUUGGAAAAAAAUACAAAAUAAAGUUCAACAUGAAUUCA